AUGACGGGGGAUAAUACGGGACGAGGCCUUAAGUUUGCUACCCUUAUUAGCCUCAAGGAACACUUGCUGUCCAAAGGCACCGAAAACCUUACGGACGACGAGGAUAAUACGCCUCAACCACCUCCACCACCCUUACGAAGUCCAAAAGGAAAGGAGAGGAAAGAAGGGGAAGAGAUUCGAAGGUUACGCGAGGAGUUUGCGAAAGAGAAAAGGGAUAUAGAGCAAAAUAUAAAGAUUUCCGUGCCCAACCUAAGCAACCCGAGAAGGGAAUUCAGCAACCCGAAGAAGGGAUCCAGCACCCUCGGACGUACCGACAAGCUCCUCAGAUCCCUCAACAGGCUACGUAUCGACAAGAGGGAUACUAAGGGUAUAAGAAUCGCUAAGAACGCGCCCAAAGGUACGGAUAUCACCAAGCUAGAGCCCCGGCUAGUGAUCCAAAUGGCUUUAGCGAUCCUGACGAUGACCGACGAGAAGGAAACGAGAGAGAUUAGCAAGGAGAUCGAGGCUACGGAUACGGAGGGGGACCCCGGAUUCGGAAAUGAGCUUCUUAAGGACCUUAGAAGAGGACGGACCACCGGCAACUAUAUCGGUAACCCUUUACCGAUCAGACCAUUAGCCAGGCACAACACGCCUGCGUACGGCACUCCAAGCGCCCUUGACGAUAAUGAUAACGAUUUCCUUGAGCUAAAAGCAACUGACCUUUACCUAAGAGCAAAAGAGUUGGCCUUUCGGUACGGCCUGAUAUCCGACGACUAUUUAGCAGCGUUCUUAAUUAUGCUUACGGGAAAGGCUAUAACCUUUUAUUACAAUCAUGUGAUAAAGGCCAGGCUUUCGACGUUUAAAGCAAACGCUAUUGCUGUGAAGGACCACUUCGAGACUGACCACCGGCGGAAAGAGAAUCCAAGGACCUCGCUUAGCGAGUGCUUUGAGAAGCUCGCUAAAGAGCUCAAGGGCAUUCAAGGCUCUUUACGACCAGGUUUAAGGGACGAUCGAAGUCUUGCUGACAAGCUGUAUUCAGCUUGUAAAAACGUGCCAAAGACUACGAUUGCACGAAUGAACCUUGCGUUUACCUUUACCGCCGCAAUUGCCGACAUCCGCCGAGCAAUUGCAUUUGCAACUAAGUUCUUUCGACCCGCCAAGGCUAGAGCUUACGCGAGCUCUAGCGAGCCACACGACCACACCUGCUCUUAG